CUGCGGUUUGAAGCAGCGAGUGAGGGAAGCAGGAAGUGUUUGUCAACGUGUUGGAGUCAGAAACAGUUUCCAGAGGAUUUAAUGUUGUUGAGACGUCAUGAAGAUAAACGAGAACAUUUCACUGGAGGGACACAGAGUCCUGCUGGUUCCUUACAAUGAGAACCACGUGUCCAGGUAUCACGAGUGGAUGAAGUCUCCCGAGCUGCAGCAGCUGACGGCCUCCGAGCCGCUGACCCUGGAGCAGGAGCACGACAUGCAGAGGAGCUGGAGGGAGGACGCCGACAAGUGCACGUUCAUCAUCCUGGACAAGCAGCUGUGGACGGACCCCGGCGUAGAGGAGGAGCAGUGCAUGGUGGGAGACGUCAACAUCUUCCUGACGGACCCCUCGGACCCAUCCUUGGCUGAGCUGGAGAUCAUGAUUGCAGAGGCCGGUUACAGAGGGAGGGGCCUCGGGAAGGAGGUGACACGGAUGAUGAUGAGCUACGGUGUCACCAAACUCGGGGUCAAAAAGUUUCAAGCGAAAAUCGGGCUGGACAACGAGGUCAGCGUGGGCAUGUUCAAGAAACUUCACUUUCAGGAGGUGUCGGUGUGUAAGGUGUUCAAAGAGGUGACCCUGGAGAUGACGGUGGACGAGGCCGUGCGGACGAGGCUGCUGGACGACACGGCCUUCGUGAAGGAGAGGGACUACACACAGACCUGCAGGGACAGACAGGAGCUGGUCUCACAGUGAAAUGUGAAGACGUCUUAAAGACUUCCUGCUGUGAAGGAAACACCCGGAGACGCAAACAGACUGAAAACAGAUGUUUGCUUCAAACACAUGCAGCACAGUCCUCUAUUUAAUGUUUCACUCUAUGUCUCUUGUCUGUAAAACUAGGAUUCCUCAAACCCUGCAGAGGUAACUGAGUACAUUUACUCGAAGUACUCAACAUAAAUAGUUUCAAGGUGCCUGGACCUCUGCUGCAUCGUUUACUUCAGAAUAUAUUCUCCUUUUCCUCCUCUGCCUGGAGGUACUAGUUGCACUUUGCACUCAAAAGUAUUGUACUUGCAGCUUCGUUAUUCCAACACUACGUUUUGUAAUCUGAUUUUAAAAAGGAAAAAUCAUGUCUGAAAAAGAAGCGUUUCCAUUUUUAUCUCUUGUAAAUUAUACCAAAUGUGUUUGUUUCAUGUUCUUCCAAACUGCAGCGACAUACAAACAAAAAGACAAA